AUGGAGAUCACUGACUAUAUCUUCAAUGAGCGAGAGGAGGUGCUCCUUGUUGGAGAUUACAAUGCUUAUCGGGCCCAUGCUACUCGGAAGUUGCACAAACUCCGCAAGAAGCUCGGUCAGGCCACAGCCAAGGGCCGGAAGUACACUGCUAAACCAGCUGUGACUGCUGAGAAUGUGGGAGACAAUGCGGCAUACGUUCAUCUUUUGCUUCUCGGGUCCGAACGAGCAUGGGCGCAAGCCAUGCAUAUGAAAUCGACACACUCUGCAGACCCAUCUGCUAAGGGCAUUUCUGGUGCUGCUCGACGUCACAUUAUUUCUCGGUUGAACAAGGCGACUGUCUACGCACAGCAGAUUGUAUCUCUGCUCCAUGAGCAAUCGGUCUCCGGCGCGACUGACGUUGACAUUCUUGAGGCUCGGGCGUACCUUGCCACAAUCUCCGGUGCUUUGUGUCUGGAGAAGCGCAAAUGGGAGCAAUGUCUUCGUAACUAUGCCAUUGCGAGAAUUAUCUACACGGCCCUUGGUCAAAGAGUCAAGAAGGAUGCUUUCCGGGACCUUCUCACUGGAACUGUCGAUCCGAGCUUGCGCUACGCCGCUUAUCAAAUGAAACUCCCCCGCUCCAAGCCCACCUCCUCGCUAGCGAUCGAAUUCUUCCCAUCGAAUUCGGAGAUCCGGUCCGAGGUGGAGAAGUUUGACCCCUCUUGCCUGGCGGAGGAAGCAGCAGGCACCCGGAGAACCGCCGAAGGUGAGGUGCAGAAGCUCCCCGAGUCUGUCACCUGGAGAUCCCGUACUGUCCCAUUAGAAGAUGCGUCGAUCUCUCAGGCAUUGGCUGCGGCCUCUGCUGCGGAAGCUCUGCUCGCCACCUGGUUGACUGAGGCAGGACGAUCUGCCAGCGCCAAGGAUCAGGCUGCUGCGUACGACAAUGUGAUCAUUGCCAGCCAGGAUGCAGUUGAUGCGACCAAGACCGCCAUUGACGACCUGGUCAGUGAGGGUGUGGAUGCUGGAGAUAAAAGAAUGCAGGCGUUACAGAUUACUCGCACAUCGGUCAAUUACAGUCUGGUUGGGUGGCGGGUUGGCCGUAAUCGGGUGUUGUGCGGUGGGCAGGAUGGUCUGACGUUCGAGGACGAGCAGGCCUCUACCAGCAAGGACUCGAAACAGAAUGGCGGCAAUGGCAAAAAGCUGAACCGACUCCGUGAACGAGUCGUUCUAUACGACUCGACCCUGCAAAGUUUGGAUUUCAUCCUUGAGUUGCCGGGUGUCGCCGCCGAUUCAGCUUUUGUUCAGGAUCUUGAAGCAAAGAGGGGAUACUUCCGUGCUCUCAGAUGUAUGGCGCUGGGACGGUCUCAUGCCGUUCUAGGCAAGCCUACUGAAGCGUUGGCACUCUUUGCGCACGCCUUUGAUCUUGUCCGAUCCGAGCCUUCCCCAUCCUUUGUUGAGACUGAUGGGCCGCCACGUCUGGACGUUUCCCGGACACAGGUUAGCGCCUUGGCGAAUGUUCUCCAGGGGCUGGUAGCCCAGUACCGUGGCCUUGUUGCCCUAGAACGAUUCGAUGCCAACUCCGGCGCAUCCCAACAGCGACCUCUGGUCGAGCGUCUGCACCAGUUUGAAGUAGGCACAGAUCUGAAAAACCUGGUGCCUUACCCACCGCAGAUGCAACCUGUUCCUGUGAAGCCCCUGUUCUUGGAUGUUGCAUGGAACUACAUCGAUUACCCACGCAGCACGAACGCGACUGCAAAGACAGACACAAAUGCGCAAGCAAGCGCUCCUGCGGGUGAAGAGAAGACGAGUCGGGGUUGGUUUGGCUUUGGUCGGUCAUAA